GCAAGACUCUUUUGCAAGAAUAUGGAAACCAGAGCCAAGCUGUGCGAUGAUUCUUUUGCAGAAGUUGGAGAAAAGACUGCUUUGUCAAGUUCUUGGCAAACAUUGAGUGGGAAACCUCCGGCUGUGAUUGCUCGAGGCGGAUUCUCUGGUAUGUUUCCAGAUUCCAGUAGUGAUGCAUAUCAGUCGGUGAAUAUAACAACUUCACCAGACGUAAUGCUCUGGUGUGAUCUUCAACUAACAAAGGAUGGUGUUGGAAUCUGCUUUCCAAAUUUGAAUCUUGAUAACGGUUCUGAUGUAAUGACCAUUUACCCAAAUUACAAAGAAAGGUUUUCUGUUGAUUUUACAUGGAAGGAACUAUCUGAUGUGAAAUUGGCCCGGGGUGUUCUCUCAAGACCAAAUAUAUUUGAUGAUCUUUCCUCGAUAAUGGCUAUUGAAGAAGUAGCAAAGUUGACAGCCUCAGGCCUCUGGUUAAACAUUCAGGACAGUGCUUUCUACGCGCAACACAAUUUGAGUAUGAGAAUCUCUGUUGUCUCUCUAUCAAGACGCCUGAAAGUUAACUUCAUAUCUUCUCCAGAGAUCAGUUACCUGAAGAGCAUGAAAAACAGUGUCAAGCCGACUGUGACAAAACUCAUCUUUAGGUUUCUGAAACAAGACCACAUAGAACCCUUCACCAACCAAUCUUACGGCUCUCUUGCCAAGAAUCUAAGUUAUAUAAGAACGUUUUCUUCUGGAAUUCUUGUUCCAAAAUCUUACAUAUGGCCCGUAGAUUCAGCUCUUUACCUACAACCCCACACGUCGCUUGUAACAGAUGCUCAUAAAGAAGGUUUACAAGUUUUCGCCUCGGAGUUUGCCAAUGAUUUUGUAAUUGCUUAUAACUACAGCUAUGAUCCAUCGGCUGAGUAUUUAUCUUUCAUUGACAACGGAAACUUCUCCGUUGAUGGUUUCAUAUCAGACUUCCCGGUGACUCCAUAUCGAGCCAUCAAUUGCUUCUCUCAUGUGGACACCAAAAGAGCUAAGGAGCAAGCUAAGAUAACUAUUAUCUCGAAGAAUGGAGCGAGUGGAGAUUUCCCGGGCUGUACUGACUUGGCGUAUGAGAGAGCUGAAAGCGACGGGGCAGACAUUCUUGAUUGCAAUGUCCAGAUGUCUAAAGACAAGAUUCCCUUUUGUAUGAGCUCCAUUGAUCUUAUAAACAGCACUAAUGUUAUCGAAACAAGCUUCAAAAAUCUGUCAUCAGUAGUUUCAGAGAUUCAACCAAGAAGUGGGAUCUACAGUUUCAGCCUGACCAUGUCUCAGAUACAAACCUUGAAGCCUACUAUUUCGAAUCCUGAAAGGGACUGGGGUUUAUUCAGAAACCCAAGAAACAACAAGGCUGGGAAGUUUCUUACAUUAUCCGAGUUCUUGUUUCUUCCAAACCGUUACAGCUCUCUCUUAGGCAUCUUGAUAGAAGUGGAGAAUGCAGCUUAUCUAGUGGAACAUCAAGGAAUUAGCGUGGUCGAUGCGGUACUAGAUGAAUUGAAGAGAGCUAAUAAUAAUCAGCAAAACAAGACAAGUGCAAGAACAAUACUGAUCCAGUCUACUGAUAAAUCUGUCUUGAUGAAGUUCAAGGAGAAGAACAAAAUGAAUCAUGAUGAGCUAGUCUAUAGAGUCGAUAAAGACAUCCGUGAUGUAGAAGAUUCUGCAGUCAGGGACAUCAAGAAUUUUGCAGGCUCGAUUGUCAUCAGGAAGAACUCAGUCUUUCCUUACAAAGGGUUUUUCAUCUUUAAGAAGGGGCCAAAUGUUGUUUCAAAGCUAAAAUCAAGCGGGCUUCGUGUUUACGUAGAAACAUUUAGCAAUGAGUUUGUAACUCAAGAAUAUGAUUUUUACGCGGAUCCAACGUUGGAGAUAGACUGUUUUGUCCGGGAUAUUCAAGUUGAUGGCAUCGUCACUGACUUCCCAGCAACCACUGCAAGAUACAGAAAGAACCAAUGUUACGGCAAAUUUGAUCUGACUAAAACCGGUGAGCUCAGAACUUUAGGGAAUCCAUUGCUUCUUCCACCAGCUGAAGCUCCAUAUCCAUUACUAGUUGACUCAGAUGUGACGGAACCACCAUUGCCUGAAGUAAGAAGUCAGACUCCUGCUUCUUCACCAUCAAAGGCAGAGGAAAAAGCAAUAGAAGUUCCCUUUGCAUUUAUAGCCAUGGCCAUUCUUAGACGAUUUAACAGACGAUCAUCAUCGAGACAAAGCAUCAAAGACUGCAUUGAUGCAAAGAACAAUAUAACUACGUUUGACAACAUCUCUUUUAAAACAGAUAGCAGUAGGCGAAGAUACAUAUCCGAGGAGAUAGCAAAACUCGGUAAAGGGAACAUCAGUGCUCAUAUCUUUACAUUCAGAGAGCUUUGCGUCGCUACCAAGAACUUCAACCCCGAUAAUCAGCUCGGUGAAGGCGGAUUUGGAAGGGUUUACAAAGGGCACAUAGAAACCCCGGAACAAGUUGUUGCGGUUAAGCAGCUAGACAGGAAUGGUUACCAAGGGAACAGAGAGUUUCUUGUGGAAGUCAUGAUGUUGAGUCUCUUACAUCAUCAAAACCUUGUCAAUUUGGUUGGAUAUUGCGCAGACGGCGAUCAACGGAUUCUUGUCUAUGAAUAUAUGCAAAAUGGCUCUUUAGAGGAUCAUCUUUUAGAAUUGGCGCGGAACAAGAAGAAGCCAUUGGAUUGGGACACAAGAAUGAAAGUUGCAGCAGGAGCAGCGAGAGGGCUUGACUUUGGAGUCGUGUUCUUGGAGAUGAUCACAGGAAGAAGAGUUAUUGACACCACAAAACCAACUCAAGAACAGAACUUAGUCACUUGGGCGAGUCCAUUGUUCAAAGAUAGGAGAAAGUUCACUUUAAUGGCGGAUCCAUUGCUUGAAGGAAAGUACCCGAUAAAAGGAUUAUAUCAAGCGCUUGCAGUAGCAGCAAUGUGUCUUCAAGAAGAAGCAGCAACGAGACCAAUGAUGAGUGAUGUAGUCACUGCGCUUGAAUUAGCUUCACUUACAACGGCCAUGGGGGUUUCUCUUCGUCACUUGUCUCCUUCCUCUUUCUGGGUUUCGCGUCGUCCUCGCGUUUCUUCUUCAAUUCUUUCUUUUCUUGUGCCUCGCCGUCGAAUCCUUUGCACCAGGAAAAUAGCUAUCACUAAGGGAAAUGCCGGAUAUUCCACUGCUACUGAUUGUGGUGGUUCUCAUGGGUUUCAGCAUUCAGGUGGUCAUCAACGAUCAUCCUCUGUUGAGUUUAGUGGAGAGUGGAAGCUUAAUUUGGGAUCUAAGACGGCGAGGAUGGUUCCGCCAACUGUGAAACAAGCUGGAGCUGUAAGUGCUUGGAGGGAGGAAGUCAAUAAUAAGUUAAGAGGAAGAAAUGGCGAACAUGCUAACAACCAGGAUGAUGCUUUGGGUAAUUAUUUCAAAGGCUUUGUCCCCAAAUUAGAUGAUGUCCAAUCGUAUGGAAACGGCCACAACUUUGAUUACAAUCUGAAGCCUGGAACUGAUAUUACCACACUUGGUAGAGAAUUGAAUGGCUUUAUGCAAACGAAUAGUGUUAGAGGACCGGUCAUUGCAUUACCAAGCAAGGAUAUUGAGGUUGGGGGGAAAACAGACGUGACUCUGAAAGGAGACGAGGAUGCACAUGGAAAACGAAAACCUCUUAACAGUGAUACAUCUCUUGACAGUGCAAGCUAUAAGAAAACAGCAACCAUUUCCAAUGUGGAAAAAUGUGCCAACCUGUCGAAAGUCCGAGCAAACCUCAAGAAAAUAUAUAAUAGAGUUCUUGUUGUUGAUAAUGUGUCUAGUGCAAAGGAAACCGUGGCUAUGCUGAUGAAUCAAUAUAGGAAUCUUGUCCAUGCUUGCGAUACAGAGGUGUCCAGGAUUGAUGUGAAGACUGAAACACCUGUGGACCAUGGAGAGAUGAUCUGUUUCAGUAUCUAUUGUGGAUCAGAAGCAGAUUUUGGAGACGGAAAAUCAUGUAUCUGGGUAGAUGUGCUUGGCGAAAAUGGAAGGGAUAUCUUGGCUGAGUUUAAGCCAUUUUUCGAGGACUUAUCCAUAAAAAAAGUAUGGCAUAACUACAGCUUUGAUAACCACAUCAUCAGAAAUUAUGGAAUCAAGCUUUCUGGUUUUCAUGGUGAUACGAUGCACAUGGCACGAUUGUGGGAUUCAUCUAGACGAAUAUCGGGUGGUUAUUCGCUCGAAGCACUUACAAGUGAUCCAAGAGUUCUUGGGGGAACUGAGACAAAGGAGGAAGCAGAGUUAUUUGGUAAAAUAUCAAUGAAGAAAAUUUUCGGUAAGGGAAAAUUGAAAAAAGAUGGAUCAGAAGGGAAAUUGGUGAUCAUUCCUCCUGUGAAAGAGCUACAAAUGGAGGAUCGAGAAGCUUGGAUUUCCUACUCGGCGUUGGAUUCGAUAAGCACUCUAAAGCUUUAUGAGAGCAUGAAGAAGCAACUGCAAGCGAAGAAGUGGUUUCUUGAUGGAAAUCUAAUUUCAAAACAGAACAUGUUUGAUUUCUACCAGGAAUAUUGGCAACCUUUUGGUGAACUUCUUGCCAAAAUGGAAUCGGAAGGAAUGCUUGUAGAUAGGGAUUAUUUGGCGCAGAUUGAGAUUGUAGCCAAAGCAGAACAAGAAAUUGCUGUUUCCAGGUUCCGUAGUUGGGCUUCAAAGCAUUGUCCAGAUGCGAAGCAUAUGAAUGUUGGCAGUGACACGCAAUUGCGACAACUCUUUUUUGGUGGCAUUUCUAACAGUUGUAAUGAUGAGGAUCUUCCAUAUGAAAAACUUUUCAAAGUUCCCAAUGUGGAUAAGGUGAUUGAACAAGGAAAAAAGAGAGCCACAAAGUUCCGGAAUAUCAAACUGCAUAGGAUUAGCGACAGACCUUUGCCCACUGAAAAGUUCACUGCCUCAGGCUGGCCCUCUGUUAGUGGAGACACCUUGAAAGCCUUAGCUGGGAAAGUCUCUGCAGAAUAUGACUAUACAGAAGGCGUUUCAGAUACUUGUCUAGAAGAAAACAUUGGAGAUGAUGAUUGUAUUUCGCUACCAGAUGAAGUUUUAGAAACACAACACUCCAAUUCCAUUGUUGAAUCAGACACAUCUGCUUAUGGAACUGCAUUUGAUGCGUUUGGAGGGGGUGAAAGUGGAAAGGAGGCCUGCCAUGCUAUUGCUGCAUUAUGUGAAGUUUGCUCCAUUGAUUCCUUAAUAUCAAAUUUUAUUCUUCCUUUACAGGGAAGUAAUGUGUCAGGAAAAGAUGGUCGUGUCCACUGCUCCCUGAAUAUUAACACUGAAACUGGGCGCUUAUCGGCUAGAAGGCCAAAUUUGCAGAACCAACCUGCAUUGGAGAAAGAUCGGUACAAGAUCCGUCAGGCCUUCAUAGCAUCACCUGGAAAUUCACUUAUUGUUGCUGAUUAUGGACAGCUGGAACUUAGGAUUCUGGCACAUCUUGCUAGUUGCAAAAGCAUGAAGGAAGCUUUCAUAGCUGGUGGAGACUUUCACUCAAGAACAGCCAUGAAUAUGUAUCCACAUAUUCGUGAAGCAGUUGAAAAUGGUGAAGUGCUCCUUGAAUGGCAUCCACAACCUGGACAAGAGAAGCCGCCAGUGCCAUUGUUGAAGGAUGCCUUUGCUUCUGAGAGAAGAAAAGCAAAGAUGCUUAACUUCUCGAUUGCGUAUGGGAAGACUGCUAUUGGGCUGUCUAGAGAUUGGAAGGUAUCAAGAGAAGAAGCUCAAGAUACAGUUAAUCUCUGGUAUAAUGACAGACAAGAAGUACGGAAAUGGCAAGAACUACGCAAGAAAGAAGCUAUACAAAAUGGGUAUGUACUCACUUUGUUGGGAAGGGCUCGUAAAUUCCCUGAAUACCGUUCACGUGCCCAAAAGAACCAUAUCGAACGAGCAGCAAUCAACACUCCUGUUCAGGGAAGUGCGGCUGAUGUUGCUAUGUGCGCUAUGCUGGAGAUAUCAAAAAAUCAACGUCUAAAAGAGCUUGGUUGGAAAUUGCUUCUACAAAUUCAUGAUGAAGUAAUCUUGGAAGGACCAAGUGAGUCAGCGGAGAACGCUAAAGACAUAGUUGUGAACUGCAUGUCUGAACCCUUCAACGGCAAGAAUAUUCUCUCAGUGGACUUAUCUGUUGAUGCUAAGUGUGCUCAGAACUGUUACAAUCUUGCAAGAAGCUUCGAGGCACGCAUGGCUUCCAUUUCAUCAUGCACAGCUCCUCCUGCGAGCUUAUUCUCCUCUACCACCAAACUCAACAACACUUCUUCUUCACUUAGACUCUCAUCUCGGUUUCUUGGAACUCGGGUUGUGAAGCUCCGGAUACGACUCGGACCCUCCAAUGGGUCGAGAGCCACUUGCUGGUUCAAGUUCGGGAAGAACGGUGUCGAUGCUGAAAAUGCUGGUAUCUAUGGCAGCCAGUCACGGGAUGAUUUCGACAGAGACGACGUUGAACAGUAUUUCAACUACAUGGGGAUGCUUGCCGUGGAAGGUACCUACGAUAAGAUGGAAGCUCUUCUCAACCAAAAUAUCCACCCUGUCGACAUCCUUUUGAUGUUAGCAGCCUCAGAAGGAGACAAGCCUAAGAUUGAAGAGCUCCUCAGAGCCGGCGCUGACUACACGGUUAAGGACGCUGACGGCAGAACCGCUCUUGACCGAGCCAGCAGCGAGGAGAUACGUGACUUGAUCCAUGGAUCCCUCACUCAGAAUGCUUGACAAAUAGGUCAUUUCUUUGGCAGAGUUAGCUUUUUCUUACAAAGAAAAUGAUGUCUGUUUU